AUGCAUCGCUUUAUCAAUCUGUAUUAUUACAAUGAAAAACCACUUCCUGCCACCCUCAAGGUCUCUCCCUCUGUCCCCACUGUCGAUACAAAGAUAUGUCUCCUCUCCUCGCAACAUGACGUGGCAACACCUUGUCUCGUCCCUGGUCUCGUUAAUACCGGUAAUUCAUGCUUUUUAAACUCUGUUUUACAGUCCUUGUCCUCUUUACCCAAACUUCAAGCGUAUUUGCACGACAUGGAUACAAACAGCAGCAAUACAACAGCCGAAUUACCAGUGACAAGAUCAUUAUUGAAAACACUACGACUCUUAUCCGUCCCUAGUACCAGACAGACCGCUUUUAAACCCGUAGACAUCGUUUCCGCCAUGUCUUCCAACCGACGUGUCGUCAAUCGAGAACAACAGGAUGCACAAGAACUCUUUCAAUUCCUCUCGGGUGAACUGGAAAAUGAAAGUGUCUUGGCCAAAAAGAGACAAGGAUUUAGGGAUCUUUUAAGCUUUUCUACAAAAACCUUGUUGUUGGCGUCAGCUAAAAAAGAAAAAAUUGAUAAUCCUUUCACUGGUUUAUUAGCCAAUCGAUUAUCCUGUAUGCAAUGUGGAUAUACCGAAGCUAUACGCCACUUUUCUUUUAACAAUGUGCAACUCACCUUACCUAAUACCGAUACAACCACGUUAGACGACUGUUUAAAUCAACUGACAACAAUGGAAUACCUAAACGAUGUCAACUGUCGAAAAUGCAGUUUCCUAGACACGGUAGAAAAACUGACGACCGAGAUCGAGAGUUUACGACGUUCGGAUAAAGUAGAGAAAUUAGCCUGUUUAGAAAAGAUCAAGCUCGAUAUUGAGCAUCGACUCUCGAAGGGUCGUAUUCAUGAGGAAACGCAGGACGAACAAUUAAACGGAUUUCUUUCCAAGAUGGGACGCGUCAGUAGUAAACAAGCCAUGUUUGCCAAACCACCCAAGGUGCUUUGUUUACACGUAGCACGAUCCACGUAUUCACCCACGGGUGACAUCUCUAAAAACCCUUGUCACAUUCAGUUUCCACAGGUCUUGGAUCUAGCACCGUAUUGCACCAAUGGUACACUCAACACCACACCCGAUUUACCCAUCUCUAGCAAUACGACUACGUCGUCCGUCAAGUACCGCUUGAUGAGCUCGAUCGUGCAUUAUGGAAGUCACAAUUUCGGUCAUUUCAUUGCCUAUAAACGACGUCUUGUAGCGGAAAAAUGUAGUUGCCAUGCAUGUUGUGAUGAUGAAACUGUCUUGACGCAUCAUGAUUCAAGUUGGUUCAAGAUUAGUGAUGAACGAGUGGAUGCAUGUAGUGUGGAUGAAGUGUUGGAGGCCAACCCGUACAUGUUGCUGUAUGAAUUAAUCGAAGAUGAUAUCACCUCAGUGGUACCUCAACCCGUGACACAAUCACUAUCCAGCUUUACCAUAGCAGGAACAACAUCAGCAACAUCAGCAGCAGCAGUAGUAGCCGUAACAACAGCAUCAACAGCAACAACAACAACGAGGCACGAUGAUUGGAUGCCUGCACCGAAAAAGAGGUUACCAUUAACGCAUUGUUCUCAACCUCGACGUCGAAAUAGUAAUGCUUGGAAUCAAACGCCUGUUGCUAUUUUUUAA